CCGGGACUGGGAAUCCUCCGACGCACCGUGUGACGCAGCACGCCACUCACCAACGGUCCUAACGGGGCGGGGCUCCAAAACACAGAAAGCGAAAUAAAGGAUCGUGCAGAAAUUUACCCCAAAACAUCUAAUUUUCCCCGACUUUUAAGAGGUUAAUCUCCUGUGAUGCCGAUUCGCCGAGCCGCUGCGACUCCGACACAGGAGAAGGCCCCCUCGGGAGCAGAGAAAGAGCCUGAAGCCUCCUCAGAGGAGUCGCCUUCUGCUGAUGAGGAGCAGGUUGCAUCUUCAGCUGCGGCGACCAAGGGGGAUGAGGAUGAGACGGCAGGCGACACAGAGCCCACCGAGAACGGCGAGAAGGCCGAUGAAGGAGCUGCAGGGGAAAAGGAAGGAGAAGGUGCUGAGAAGAAAGAUGACAAAUGCAAGGACUGCGCGGCUGGACAGUGCGCAACACACUGCUAUGUUCUCCUACUAAGGUUGAAGGACGGCUACAAGUACGAGAAAUCCAAAGUCAAGAAGGUGAAAAGGACGAUUCCUGCGUGGGCUAGCGUCACCGCCAGCAAAAAGGUUCCCGUAACCAACUUUGCAGGCACUCAGAACAAAGUGGAUAAUAUCCUCAUUGAAGCCAUCACGGCUUGUAAUGACAGGUCGGGGGUUUCGUACCAGUCGGUCAUGAAAUAUAUUGUGAAAAAUUACCCGGGGAUGGAGCUUGACAGGAAGAAGUUUCUUAUCAAGAAAGCAAUGAAGAAACACAUAGAGAAGGGCACCAUCAAACAGCUGAAGGGUAAAGGCCUUUCAGGAACGUUCACCAUUGGGAAGCAGGCUCCCUUGUCAAAGAAAGCAGCUCAGAAGCAGGAGUCUCUGGGAGAUGCUCUUCCUCUCAUCAUCACACGGCUCUGUGAGCCCAAAGAGGCCUCAUACAACCUGAUCAAGAAAUACCUGGAGCAGCACUUCCCCAAACUCAACAUCGAAAACAGGCCAGAAGUCCUGAAGUCAGCGCUGGUGAAGGCAGUAGAGAGAGGACAGCUGGAGCAAAUCACUGGGAAAGGAGCCAGAGGGACAUUUCAGCUGAAGCGCACAGGCAACAAAAUCCUGCUGAAGGGCGGUGCCUUAGAAGACGCCAUCACCGCUGCCAUCACAGCCAUGAAUGAACCUAAAACCUGCAGCACUACAACUCUACGCAGAUAUCUAGUAGACGCCAACAAGGACAGAAAGGAAUACCAGUUAGUGGCCAACCUGAGGAGGACUCUGACCAAGUGCAAAGUACUCGGAUGGAUGGAGCAGAUUACUGGUCACGGCUUUACAGGGACCUACCAGCUCUCGUUUCCUUUCUACCCGAGUCCUACCAUCCUAUACCCAGACAAGUUUAAAGACCUUCAGGACAAAAAGGCUGCAGCUCCAACUAAACGGAGGAGGACAGCAGACUCUUCAGAUGAGGAAGAUGAAGAGGAGGAGGAAGAGGAGGAGGAGGAGGAAGAGUCUGAAGACGAAGCUCCUUCCCGUCAGAGGAAAUCUCAGAAGAGGCCUCCACCCAAGGCUCGCCGUCCUCCAUCAACCAAGAAAUCUCGGAGCGCGAGUCAGUCGAAAGCUAGAGGGAGGGGACGAGUGCUGGCAAAGAAGUCACCAGCCAAGAAAACGGCAGCUCCAGCCAAGAAAACGGCAGCUCCAGCCAAGAGAGCGGGAAGGAAAGCAUCAGCUUCUAAAAAGGAAUCCGCAUCACCAUCUAAAGCCACACCUGUAAAGAGAGGUGCUCCUGCAAGAAAGCCCAAAACACCAGCAGUGAAAAAGCUCACCAGCCGGAGGUCCAAGCGACCUGUGGCCAGAGAGUCAUCAGCUGAGGAGACAGGCACAAAGGAGACAAGGAGUGGGUCCAAGCGAUCUAAGCCAGAAGAGUCCUCCCCAGAGGAGCCUGCAGUUAAAAAGGCGACGAAGAGCAGUUCCAGACGGCAAGACCCCGAGGAGUCGUCCUCUGAAGAGCCUGUAGCCAAAAAGGGGGCAAAGAGCAACAAGCAGUCGGCUCGAAGGUCCAAGAGAGGGAGAUACUGAACCCAGGAACACCUUCUACAAACUGGCAGCAGUCAGCCAUUAUUGUAUCAGUGCUCUUGCUCUCUUUUUAUCAUUGUUUUCUCCCUUUUUAAUGGGGCAGUAGUUUUUUUUUUUAUUUCUAUUGUAGUAUAAGAACGUUAUCCUACCAGUUAACUGUACUUUGAGAGUUUCUGAAUUUCCUUUUUAAUCACCAUGUGUAGAAAAGGUCAGUUAGUGUUGCCAUUAAAGCUGCCAGCUUGCAAAAGCAUAGCAACAUCCAACAAACUGUAACUAGAACCAUGUAUUGACUUCUGUUUUUAUAUGUUCUUCAUCCGCUCAGUAGGUGCUGGCAGCACACAUUCCUAAUUUCAGUUGAACUGAGGUACCAGUGUUCAGGAGAGGAUAAAAGAACUUCCAUUUCUAGGUUCUAAUGUUGUUGAAAAGGUUAAUCAGUUACUAAUUAUGUUACUACUUUAUAAAAACGCAGAAAGGUUUUUUUUUUCUGUGUCCUGGAGAUCUCUGCAUCAGAAAUUUAUUAUUUUUAUUUGAAUUUAUUUAAUGCAAAAAAAAAAAAAAUCCCCUAGAAAAUAUUAGGCCUGCAGGUGUCAAACUGAGGACUGACCAGAGGAUAAAACACUGAGAAGUAUUCAAGUCACAUUGAGAAAAAAAGUCAUUUUUGGAUGUGUGUGGAAACAAACCUAUACUUUAAUUGAUUUUAUUGCUUCACAGCUGUAAUUCAGUACCAAACUGUAAGAAAUGUGUGUUGUGAAUAAGACAAAGGAGGAUAAUAGCUCAUGCAUACCCUGCAUGCAUGUAUUCCUUGUGUUGUUAAGCUUUUUUCCAAGUCAUUAAUAAAAUGGCUAUAUUUGUAAA